AUGUUACACGAGAAACUUGAAGAAUAUAACAGUGCCUUUGAAAAAAUCAUGGAAGAGCUUGAAGAGCCUGAAAAGCCUGAAGAUCCAAAAAGUUCUGCCCCAUCAACAACAGACGAAACCCCCAAAAAAAGUAGAGGGCAAUAUCAAAAGCCUACAGAUAAAGAUAUAAAAAAGCUUUUUUAUCUCUACUUCAUAAGGGGAUUAACUAUCAAAAAAGCCAGCAAGAUAUUGACAGUUCUUCCUCGCAGUUCUGACUUCAUGGAGACAUUUGAAGGGAAUGCUGAUGACUGCAAUUUAAAUUACCAUCCUAUUCAGACAAGGCCUGUCAAGAAAAGCUGCUAUGCCUUUAUUAAAAAACCAAUAUAUAUGGAAGGUGUCAGCACACAAGACAAGGUUUCGGAUUUUGAAGAUUUGAUUAUGCUUGAAGAUAAACCAAAGGGGAAGCAAUGCUACAAAGCUUAUACAGAAGAGGAAACUUUGCUGGUCCUGAAGAAGUAUUUUGUUGAUGAGAUGACAAUGUCAGAAGUAGAAAAAAGUAUAGAUAUAUCAAGAUCAACAGCUGGUUGGGUUAUAAGACAUAUAAGAAGUAGAUUAAACCUACCAGCUAGAAAAUCCCAUAUGCACAAGUAUGCCAGUUUAGAAGAAUAUGAAAAAACACUAUGCAAAAAUGUUCAAACUAUGCUUUUACAAAAAAAACUAUGA